AAGACAGAGUCAGAAUUGGGCCAGAAGCUGGGUGGAGUCCUCUCCUGCCCUGUUCCUCCACCCUCCUCACCUGGGACAGCUGUCACCCUCUGGAUUUGGGCUCGGAAUGAGGUGGAGGCAGAGCGUGUGGGGUCUGGUGAGACUCAGGUCGAUCUCAGAAGUCCCACAGCUUGCUGUCCCCUAAGGCCCACCCUUCAGGGAGGGGCUACUUCCCUUCCUGUGAGGACACUGAUGAGGAACCAGUGACGUAUCACUUGGGGACUGGACCUUGUCACAGCCCAUUCUUGCCUUUGUAUCCAGGCUCUGUGGAGUUUAUGUCGUCUGCUCACUGGGGACCAUGUGAGGAAGCACCCCGACCCAGAACCUCCCUGCCUUUCUCAGCCUCGUCAUCCUUCAGGGAGAGCAGAGUGAGGCUGAUGAGGAAACAGAGACCUGUCACCCGGAGCCGGGGCCCUGUCACAUCCGUGCAUCUGCUUGUCCUGCUGGGCUCUGUGGACUUUAUCCAUCAUCAGUGCCACUGGGGACCAUGGCAGACAGCACCACAACCUUGACCUUCAUUGUCCUCCUGGGCCUUGGGCUGUGUCAGGGCCCAUUGGACCAGGUACAGGCAGGAGUCAUCCCCAAACCCUCCAUCUGGGCCGACCCAGGCCCCAUCAUCACAGAGGGGAGCCCUGUGACCAUCUGGUGUCAGGGGUCUCUGCAGGCUAGUGCCUACCUUAUGUAUAAAGAGAGGGGCUCUGAGCCCUGGGAAACGAGGAUCCCACCGAACUCCAGCAACAAGGCCGGUUUCCUCAUUGGAGCCAUGACAUCACCCCACGCAGGGCUGUACCAGUGUGCGUAUUACACCACUGGGGACAUACUGUCAGAGCGGAGUGACUCCCUGCUCCUGGUGGUGACAGGAUUCUAUGGUGCACCGUCCCUCUCAGCCCAGCCAGGCCCUGUGGUGGCCUCAGGAGGGAACGUGUCCCUCUCCUGUAGCUCACUGUUCACAUGGGGCACAUUCCAUCUGCUGAAGGAGGGAGGGGCUGACCCACCCCAACACAUGGAAGCAGAACCGAGAAUCCAUGCUGGGACGUGGCAGGCCAUCUUUCCACUGGGCCCCGUGAGCCCCUCCCACGGGGGGACCUACAGAUGCUAUGGUUGUUCCAAGUCCUAUCCCAACGUGUGGUCACAGCCCGGUGCCCCUCUGCACAUCGAGGUCACAGCUUACGGAACCCAAGACUAUACAGUGGAGAAUCUCAUCCGGAUGGGCUUGGCUGGCUUGGUCCUGGUGGUGCUUGGGGUGCUACUAUUUCAGGCUGGAAAUGACACCAGAAAGACCCACGAUGCAGCCAGGAUGGGAACUCGGAGGCAACAACACACCAUUCAGAGUGGGGAAGGCUUGGAGACCAUCUGAUGACCCCAGGAGGUGCUGGAAAAGAAUAUGGAUCACAGUUGGGGAAACUGUCUGCUGAGAAUGUCCAGGAGAGAAGAUGUGGUAGGCGAGGUUUGGGUGCAGGAGAACUUGGGUCAUGUCCCUGUAGGGCAUUCCUCCGCCAUCCACAUGGGGUGCUCUCCCUCCCUCCCUGACCUCGCUGACUGUCCUCCACUGCCCUUCUGUUCUCACCCUGUGAUUUGAGGGUACAUCCCACAUGGCUGGUUUGAAUUCACAUCUAAACACCCCUUCAUAUUGGGCCACAUCCAUCCCAACAAAAUAGUAACUUCAUAACCCUGGGAUUACUUUUUAUUUUUUUAACUGUGUUUUUAUUGAUAUUACUAAAAGAGGAAGAUAGAGGGAUGCUAAGAUAGCAACAUUGAAGAGAGAAAAACAUCAGCUGCCUCCUGAGCCCUCUAUUGGGGAUGGAGCCCACAAUCCAGGCAUGUGCCCUAUCGAAGUGGUAACCUCCUGGUUCAUAGGUCGACCCUCAACCACUGAGACACACUGUCCAGGCUGUAGGAUUAUUUUUAAACCAAGAGCUAAUUAAAAAAAAAAAAAAAAUCCGGAUAGCUGCUCCAUGUGUUCCAGCCCAUUUCACAAAUCCACCCCUCCUACCAUCUCCAUGCGGCUUCUUCUUUGUAUCCUUACUUGUGCACUUCUCUUCAACUGGAUUUCAUAUGGUUCUGAAUGAUGAUUUUUCGGUAGUUUAAUUGUGAUUUCACUGUGGUCAUGGAUUUCAGUACUUCCUUUACUUCCUCUGCUUUCUUGAGCAGAAGUCGUAAUAUUUUGAUAAUAAAUAAGUAAUUUUGAUUGUUGGCAUCAUUUUAUUUAAGUAAUGCGUAAGGUUUGUUUUAUGUCACUUUUUAUCAAUUUUCCAGACCCGUUUUAAAUUGAUUCAUAUUUGUUUAUUUUAUACAUUUGCAUCAAUCGGUUUGGAGGUCAUAUAUGCAUUUCAAUAGGAAUAGUGGCCACCAUUGUUAAUAUUGCUAACCGGGUCUGUGGGCCAAUCACUAGCUGCAACAACAACCGUUCUACCUGGAGCGAUAGGAUCACGGUGCCUCAGUGUUUCUACCCAAGGGUCACUGCUGAUGCCGGCUGCAUGAAAGGCUCUGCACCAGACGUGGCCACAGGGUCAGGAGAAGAUUGCCUGAGACUGCUGUGCGAUGUACAUGGAUCUGAACCUUUGAAAGGACAACCUCCAAAUAGACCAAUUUCCCCAAAAGGAUCGGCCUUGAAAGGAUCACUGC